AUGCUGGCGUAUCCGGUGGAACAUCACCGGAGAGAGAUCGUCAACACGGGCGCACUGCUGCAGUGCGGCUCCGCCCCUACAGCACCGCGGCUGUAUCAGUGCCCAUCAAUGCCAAGGACCAUGACUGCGGACAAUGAAAUGGAUAUUAAAGAGGCGUUUCAGCGCGCUCAGAAAGGCCACAACAACAAGGCUAAACUAGUGGCUUGUCUCAAGACUCGCUACAAUAAGCUUGAAGACAAAUCUCUGUUUCAUGAGGAGUUCGUGCACUGCCUCAAGUAUGCCAUGAUCGUGUACAAGCGAGAACCCUCUGUGGAAAACGUCAUAGAGUUUGUUGCCAGGUUUGCUACAAGUUUUCAGUCUCCACCGAAACCUGAUGAAGAGCAAGAGGAGGAGCAGGAGGAGGAAGAGGAGGAUGAAGAUCACCCUUUCCUGAGUUUUAUUUUCAACUUUUUAUUGGAGUCACAUAAGGCAAACAGUCAUGCUGUGCGCUUUCGAGCGUGUCAACUGAUCAACAAACUCCUGGGCAGUAUGGCGGAAAAUGCUCAAAUUGAUGAUGAUUUGUUUGAUCGGAUUCAUCAAGCCAUGCUGAUUCGCGUCACUGACAAGUUUCCUAAUGUGAGGAUCCAAGCUGCAUUGGCUAUGACUCGCCUUCAGCAGCCAAGAGAUCCAGACUGCCCUACAAUCAACGCCUACAUGCUGAUCAUAGAUAAUGAUUCUAAUGCAGAAGUGCGGCGGGCUGUCCUGUCCUGCAUUGCAAUGUCUCCUUCCACGCUUCCUAAAGUGCUCAAACGCACUCGAGACAUUAAGGAGAAUGUUCGGAAGUUAGCCUUUCAGGUCCUGGCAGACAAAGUUCACAUUAAAGCGCUCACAAUUGCACAAAGAGUGAAUCUGUUACAACAAGGUCUCCAUGAUGCCUCAGAAGCAGUCAGGGAGGUGGUUUGCUCCCGUCUGUUGCCAGCCUGGCUCGAUCGUCUAGAGGGCAAUGUUAUUGACCUGCUUCACAAGCUCGAUGUGGAGAACUGUGCACAGACUGCUCUGGACACAUUGAAAGCCAUCUUUAGCGGUAUAGCCCCAGAGGAUCUCUUGAAAAACAAGCUACAGUUUAAUGACAGGAAGCUGAUUCCAGACGACUCCCUGAGUUGUGAGAAUGUGCUUUAUUGGAGAGCUCUGUGUGAAUUCAUCAAGAGCAAAGGAGACCAGGGAGAAGAAAUGUUGGAGCAGGUUUUACCUGAUGCUGCCACCUACGCUCACUACCUUUCUGGGUACCUAAAGACUGUGCCUGUUUUGUCGGAAGAACAGAGAGCUGACUUUAACCAGCUGGAGCUUGUCAUGACUAAAGAGUUCAUCUCACAACAACUUAUUCAUCUCAUUGGGUGCCUGGACACCAACGAGGAGGGAAGCAGGAAGCAAGUGCUGGCUGUUCUUCAGGAAAUGCUCUCCUUGCCCCAUACUCCGUUCUCUCUGGUCUCACUGCUCACUGAAAAGCUUCUUACCCUCAUCCCAGAUGAUCAAAGAAGAAUUCAAUGUAUGGCAGAGAUCAUCUCUGAUAUAAGAGAGCCCAUUAUGGAAUCUAAUAUUGUUGUGAAUGAAAACCUCAGCCGUCGACAGCAAGUCCAGUUGGCAGAGGUGAAAGUAAAGAUUAUGGAGGAAAAACAGGUCCUGGAGGACUGCAUCUCUGCUCAGGAGUUCAAUCGAGCUGCUGAGCUUAAAGACGCCAUCACAGAGCUGGAAAAUCAUAGGAAUCAGAUUCUUCAGGAAAUUGCUGAGAGCAACAAGCCAGCCGAUAAAGAGACUCGUGUUGAAAAGAAUGAUCCAGAGACGCUUCUAAGGUGUCUCACAAUGUGCGCAGAGUUACUUAAGCAGAUGAGCAUCAAGUCUCGUAUUGGACCAACAAUAAGCGCAUUGAUGACCUCAUUGAUCUUGCCUUCUAUCGCAAAUGCCCACCCUGCCGUCCGCAACACAGCCGUGGUGUGUCUGGGAACCAGCGCUCUACACAGCAUGGAGCUAGCUAAAACUCAUAUGGUUCUGCUGUUGCAAAUUGCUCAGCUGGACGAGGCAAGGAUUCGCAUCAGUGCUCUGCGGGCUAUUAUUGACCUGUUGCUGAUGUUUGGCUUCCAGCUGCUCUCUGACACGGCAGCCCUUCAGAGCGCUGCAGUCUCGCAGUCUCCUGACAAACAGGAGGAGGACAAGGUGGAGACGCAGGAGGACAGUGCACAGAGUACAUUGGUCAUGCUAUCAGAGUUUCUCGACAGUGAGAUAGCAGACCUCCGCACAGAAGCAGCUGAGGGAAUUGCUAAACUCCUGUAUACUGGGAGGAUUUCUAGUGCUAAAAUGUUCUCGCGUCUCAUUUUAUUAUGGUACAAUCCUGUCACGGAGGAUGACACUCGUUUGCGUCACUGCCUCGGGGUCUUCUUUCAGCUUUACGCCCGUGAAAGCAGAACACACCAAGAAGUUAUUGAGGAAAGUUUUCUACCAACUGUACGCACUCUGCUGAAUGCCCCAGUCACCUCUCCGCUGGCAGAGGUGGACAUCAACAAUGUAGUGGAAUUGCUUGUUGAACUGACCCGCCCCAGUACACAGAACAAACCCUCAACCAACACAGAUGAAGUGUGUGUCCAUGACUACCUGGCUGCACGCAUGUGUGGGGAGAUGAUGAAAGACCCCACAGCCCCAGAGGUUCGGUUGUAUGCAAAAACGUUGUGUAACCUUGAGCUAAGCAGAGAUGAGACUGUUAAAAAGGACCUGCAAACACUGCUGCAGGAGCUUCUCCAGAUCAUUAAAGAUCGCGUAUGUCUCCGGGCACUUGAGAAAAUUAUGUUUCAACUUGUGGAUUCUAAGGAACAGACAGAGCUUCUGAAUGCUACUGCAUUGCAGCCUCUGGAUGUCAAUGCAGACGAAGUGUCUGAAAACCCGACUAAAUCUGUCAAGAGAGGAAAAAGGACAAAUCCAAGUCAAAAGAAAGCUGGUGCAGCCAGGGGAGGUAGGAAGCCCAGAAAAGCUGAAUCAUCAGAGGAAAGUGAUGGAGAAAAUGUUCCAGAAUCAGUCCCAUCAGCUCGUCCCUCGAGAAGAGCGAAAGCAGCUGCUCUGGAGAAGGCCAAGCUUGACUUAAACCCACUGAUCAAUCAAGAGGUGUCGUGA